GUCCUUCCGGGUAAAGGCCAACCGCAGACAAAAGACUGAGACUCCCACGCCGUAUUUAUUAGGGAUUUUUUUUCCCCAGGAGCUGCUCGGACCUCUCAGGAUUUAGCCCAUUCAAAAAGAUAGCGCAGGAUGCAGGGAAGGGUAAGGGGUAGGAUUAAGAGUAAGGGUAGAGGUAGGGGCAUGGGCAGCUUCCCUCCGCUCAGAGGAACAAAUUAGACUCUUAGCUCCGCCCCCAGCUGGUUUUUCCGCCCCCCCAGUCCUCCCCCGGAUCAGGAAGUGACGCAGACCCAUCAGACCACGCGCCCCUUCCCGUGGGGAGCGUUUCCGCCAUUUUUGAAAAUCAGGAAAAGCCGGUGUUAGCGGUGCUCACUGCUGUCAUGGCCACCUUUGCCGUGGAGCCCCAACCGCCUCCAACAGGAGCUGAACCAAUGCUGUUGGGUUCACCUACUUCCCCAAAGCCAGGAGCGAAUGCACAAUUCUUACCUGGCUUUUUAAUGGGAGAUUUGCCCGCUCCAGCGACUCCCCAGCCUCGAUCUUUCAGUGGCCCUUCUGUUGGGGUUAUGGAAAUGAGAUCACCUUUACUUGCAGGUGGAUCUCCACCUCAACCAGUUGUACCAUCUCAUAAAGAUAAAAGUGGAGCUCCACCAGUUAGAAGUAUCUAUGAUGACAUUUCCAGCCCAGGACUUGGAUCAACACCUUUAUCUUCAAGAAGACAGGCCAACAUUUCAGUAAUGCAGAGUCCCAUGGUUGGAGUUAUGCCAGCUUCCCCAGGAACAGGAGUGUUCAGUCCAGCAAAUAUUGGUCAGCCACGAAAGACUACUCUGUCUCCUGCUCAGUUGGAUCCCUUUUAUACUCAAGGAGAGUCUCUGACUUCAGAUGAUCAUCUUGAUGACACUUGGGUAACUGUAUUUGGGUUUCCUCAAGCAUCUGCUUCUUAUAUACUCCUACAGUUUGCACAGUAUGGAAACAUAUUAAAACAUGUGAUGUCUAACACAGGGAAUUGGAUGCAUAUUCGUUAUCAAUCCAAACUUCAGGCCCGGAAAGCCUUAAGCAAAGAUGGGAGGAUUUUUGGAGAGUCCAUCAUGAUUGGAGUAAAGCCUUGUAUAGAUAAAAGCGUUAUGGAAAGCUUUGAUAGAAGCACUGUAUAUUCUCCAGGAUCAGCCUUCACACCACCAAUCAAAACUUUAGGCACACCCGUACAACCUUCAAGUACUCCUAGAAUUUCUACCAUGAGACCUCUUGCUACAGCUUAUAAAGCCUCUACUAGUGACUAUCAGGUUGUUUCUGACAGACAAACUCCAAGAAAAGAUGAAAGUCUUGUAUCUAAAGCAAUGGAAUAUAUGUUUGGUUGGUAGUGUUAUAAAAAAAGAAUCCCCUUGGAGGUGUUACACUAAAACCUGAUUGGAGCUAGGAAUGCUCUGCCAGUUUCCUUUUGGUUAGUUGUAUAACCACUUUUGGCAGGAUCUGGUCUCUACAUCAGACUUUUUAAUGCCUUUCUUUUCUUUAGGAGUACAGCAUAUUUGUAGCUUGCACUUUAAAUGAUGGAUGUGACAUAGUUUUAAAAAACUUCAAACGUUUGUAAAUAGAAAGUUACAAUGCUUUAUGUGAUAGGUGCAUGCUUAUUCACAAAAAAGGCAUUGUUUUCUGUAAGUUUUAUAACUAAGUUUGUGGUGAGGCUUUUUAAUGCUUUUCUCUGAAGGCCAUAGACUUCAUGAAGAAGGAAAACUAUGUGCUUCUGCCAGGACAUGUGGAUUGUAAUUGAACAGUUUGAAUUAUGGCCUUUUAAUUUGGAUACUAUUUAAUACUUUAUCAUUGCCUGCAUAUGUCCUGCCAUGAAUUAUCAUUCAAUGUGUUUCAGACAAGAAACAGCCCUUUUUUAACCUGUAUUCGUGUUUCCUAAUAAUAAACUUUACAAAUUGUA